AUGAAUCCACAACCAGCAUCAGGCGAUUUGAGAGAUAUUCAAAGACAACAUCAAUUGGACCUCGAAAAGAGCUCUAGCAAUCACAGUAGCGAUAGUGGUGCAAGCUCAAUCAGACCGCUGUCUUUGUUUGAAAGACGUCAAUCCAGCAAGAUACAAAACCAAGAUGAUACAAGCCUUCCGGAAGGAGAGUCCUUGGGUGCUAUAUCGCCCAUGCCAACUGGUGCGGAAAGAAUGGCUGCCUUGAGAGAUUUGGGUGCAACAUUUGAGGAAGGUCAGAGAUCAAUUGCCAAAGUGGCAACACCAACAGAGACUGUAGUGCCUAGUUUUGUGGAUGCUGAUCAAUUAGAGAUCCUACUUCACAAGAAACAUAAUCCCAAUUUAACUGAUACCUGCAAGAAUACAGUUGCUCACUAA